AUGUCGCUCUCGAAACUUUCGACUGAAAUCGAUGAGAUCAUCAUACAGUACCUCCCGCAGCACGCGCGUCACAGUCUGACGCUUACAAGCAAGUCCUAUCACAAAGUGGCGAACCCAUAUCUGUACAGGAAUAUCCGAGUACGCGAGUCAGAUGCACUCUCCGUAGCACGUUUCUUAUUGAGCCUACUCGGACGUACGGAACUUCAGCAGUAUAUCCAGAGCUUCGACUUGAUCUCAGCUAGCAAAAGAAGGGCAUUAGACGCACCGCAUCUGGGUGACGACGAUCCGAAUAUUGAAGCACGUCGCAAAACUAUCGAGAACAUCAACCAGGAUCUAUUCAGCAAAUCCUUGCAUAUAUGGAAGGCCAUAGAAAGGUUCGCAUACCACCUGGGCGGCCUUACGUUUGCGAGAAAUUGGUACUUUCGUGUCCUUGAGGCAACCAAGUCCAUAGAUGGUACGAUUGGGCUCAUACUUUGCCUUGCUACCAAUCUGGAAAGCCUACAACUCAUGGACUUGGGGGACGGGAUAACGGAAGCUGUCUGCCGGGCACAAUGGCAAGAGUGUAUCACAUGGGCAUCCUCCGCAGUUUGGCCGCUACGCAAGCUGAAAAGCCUGGUGAUAGCACUCGAGUUGGGUGCAGCCAUCCCGGUAUUAACACCUGUGGAAACCCUGAAGGCCAGCGGUCGAGGCUGGCUCCACAGCUUCGAGUACCCAUGCGAAGGUUCUGACAAAAUGAGGACCUUGCGGAGCCUGGAACUACGAGACAUCGCUAUGAGGGCAGAUCAUCUCGAUUGCAUGAUAUCAUUACCUGAACUGGGAGGCGUACAUCAUCUGAGAAUGGGAAAUGUCCGCAUCGAGGAACGCGCGGGAUACGACUACGAGCGAUUAAGCGACCUAUUGCAACUCUUUCUCCCAUCACUCAGAACUUUCGAAUGGACCGGAGAAAUUAAGAGACGUCGUUAUCAAACGUAUAUCCCAUUCGGCAGCUUCACAGGCUUCAAACAACUAGAAGAGCUCGUCCUUGGCUUCGAAUACAUACGACCAAACGAUGACAACAUCAACGAUCCACCCGCGCAUCUUCUCGACCCUCCGUACUACUUUCCAAUAAGUCUGGCGACUCUGAAGAUCACAGAGGUUCCCCAAGGUCUUCUUCACAACCUACAGGAGACAUGCGAAGAGUCUCCGUUGGACAACUUCAUCCUCAAAACGGCCGUAUCUCGCGAGCUCUCGAAUUUCGACCUGUUUGUUACUUCGACGGGAGAUGUUGCUUCGGAGUACGCGGAGCUAUCGAAUACCUUCCUACCCAAACUUAUUGCUAGCUUGGAUAACGUUGGCACUUCGUUGCGAUUCCACCGACAGAGACAAGGACGGGAUUCAGAACUGCUAUAUCACCCAGAUCACGCAGCUGUAUGA